AGGCAAGCGGCACUCCCACUCUCCGUCUCCUCGCCCAGCGACAGCCAACAGUGAGCAGCGGGGCGCGUGCGGCGUCGGUGCGGAGAGCGACCUGACCGACUCCGGCAGGCGCCUCCCGAUCACCACCGCCUUCUCCUCCGCGGGCAGCGGCAAUGGCGAACAGGGGAGGGAAAGGGUCGUAUCCCCCGUCCAAGUCAGGAGCACCGAACGGAAGGCAGAACCAUUCUAAAGAUGUUAUUGACCUUUCUGAUUCUGAUUCUGAUUCUGAUGAUUUUUUCGAAGAAGAGGCUCCCCCCACACACUCCAAGUCAAAUGGGAAAGCUUCAUCUGAUAGCCUAAAAACUGGUGGAAAGGGUUCAUCCUUUUCUAAUGGGGAAGGUAGCAAAGGAGGGAAGGCAUUUAGUGCUGGGAAAGGUGGGAAGGCCUCCGCAUCAAAUGCAAAGCCUGCAAUGUCUGAUGCAGAACUAAAGCUUCAGCUUGAUAUGUCUCCAAAUUCUAAACUGUUAACGAACUGUGAAGUAGCAGAAAUGUUGCAGAAAAUUCACGAACAUAUGGCUAUCUUAUCAGAGGAUCCAAAGAUAAAAAUUCCCGAGUCGUUCGACAAGGCCUUUCUAUAUGCAAAAGAAGGGAAUCACUUCACCUCUGCGAAGUUGGUGAAAGAAAUCCUGGAACCCCUUAAAGACUAUGGUGUUAAUGAUGGCGAGAUAUGCAUGAUAGCAAACAUUGGGCCUGAGACCAUUGAAGAGGUUUAUGCACUCAUACCGUCUCUCAAGGCCACUAGGUCGAUCAAUGAAGGCAAGAUCGCGGAGGCCCUUACUGCCCUUGCUAAAAUAAAAGCCUCCAAGUGAACCUCAGCUGUGAUAAGUAUAUGGCUGAUCGAGCAAUGAAGAAUCUGGAACGGGGGUCUCUCUGGUGUAUGGAUGGAUGUUCAUUGAAAUCGACUUCUUUCUUUGAGAGCCGAAAUCAAGUUGUCUGUAUGUAGAAGCCGCACCAUGCACCCGUGUGCCAGCUCUAGGUCUGGCUGGUUGAACCUUGACUUUUGGAAACUAGCUUGUCUAGCUGCUGGUUUACCCGAUGGCCUGGCUCGCCUGAACGAUGAAAACUGUUGUUGUGGCCUGUGUUUUUAUGCAUCUCUGCUUGUCUGUUUA